UAUUUUAUUUCAUUAUUCUGAGUGGAAAAAAGAUUUAAAAAGUAAAAGUUGAUAUUUCCGGCGUUUGUUGACAAAGUGAGCGCGGAAUGGACGUGUUCACAUAUUUACAGUGUUUUAAAAAUACGAUGAGUUCGUACACAGGAGACGAUCCUCUGGACGCCUGGGACAAGUUUGUGGAAUACCUGGUUCAGAAUGUACCUGCAGAUGGCGCCACUGAGCUGGCUGUGGUGUUGGACAGUCUGGUGCAGACAUUCCUGAAUAUUGACAGAUAUGCAAAUGAUGUCAGAUACGUGAACUACUGCAUCAGAUGUGCAAGUUUGGAUGCUGAGCCCGUCGCUCUCUAUAACCACAUCUACAGUCAGGGUGUUGGCACACAGACUGCUGCCUUCUACGUGGCAUGGGCGCAGCAGUGUGAGACGCGGGGUUUAAUUGAACAGGCUGACACUGUAUACCAGAACGCAUUAGAGAGCCACGCCCAGCCCGCUGACAUCAUCAUCAAUGAAUACAGACUGUUUCAGACACGGACAAGAGCUCAGACGGGCAGAUCAGGCGGCGGUCGCGCUCCUCUACAAGAGUCUCAGCUGACCAAUCAGAUGUGGCUACAGACAGACUCGGCCACUCAGAAUAAGGCGUGUCCGAGCCAGCAGUCUGCGCACGGAACCCUCAUAACGGUGUCGCGCUCCGAGAAUGUAGGCGUGACUCGGCACCAAGACUCGCAUCUCCCGAGCGUGUCGGCCUACGACAAGGACAGGCUGGUUUGUGAAGGUUCUGAGUUCUGCUUCGAGGAGCUCCGAGCCAACGAUUAUUUCUCUAAAGACAAAGAAAAAACAAAGAACAACCGCAUGGAAACCAAAGAAGAGGGACUAACGGAAACGGCCAAGUCUCUGAUGGGGAAAGUGUUCCAGGACCUGGAACUCCACACAGAAAGACUGUGGACAGGCCACGCCCUUUCACAGCCCUCUGCAGCAGAACCCGGUCCUGGGCUGGCAUUGAACUCGACCCAGCUGCCCUUUGGACAGCCUCGCCUCCCCCAUUAUCUGGACGUCACGCAGGUGGGAUUGGCAUCCUACGCUGAUCCGACUUCCAAACAGGAGUCCAGUGCAGCUCCUGAGCUCCGUCCACAGCAGGACCUUGUCUGUGUGUCCGUCCCCCCAUCCAGUGACAAUUCUUUACGUGGAUCAGAACCUCCUUCACAGUCUGGUGCAGAUCAGCAGCCUGUGAACCAGUCUCUGCUCGGACCCGUCUAUGUCUCUGCUGUCUGUUCCGACUCAGUCUGUCAGGGCCGUCGAGAUGAGAUCCGUCAACCUGACAGCUGUCGGGAUGUGAGUCUUGGCGUCGAGUCUGAAGAGAAGCUGGACAUGUCACAGGGGGGCGCUGCUAACCUGUCCCACGUUACUCCUAACAACUCACUGGGGUAUGUUCAAGCCACGCCCUCAAGGGUGCUGCCAUCACCCACCGUGAACACACGCGAGGCACUGGAUGUGAUCAUGGACAUGUUCCAGGCCCCGACCCUGCUGGAGGACCCGUUUCCUGACACGUCUGUGCUCCACGCCGCGAAAUCGUUUGAUGCCACCAGCUACACGAGGAAUGGAGGCGUGGCUUUUCUUGUGGAACCGCCUACCGCCGCCCCAUUCACCAUCUUCCAGGACGAUGACAAAGAAAACUGCAGCGUGAUUGGUGACACUGCUGCAGAGAAGGGACCAAUCAGAGCUCUGGCUGAAAUCCCAAUGAGAAAAUCAGUCAAACCCAUGGAAGCACUUGUGGACUUGAUGCCAGAUGAGAGCACCACGUGGGGAGCUCACAACAACUCCCUCAACUCGCUGGCGGCGUGUCCCAACAGCACCUCAGACUUCGCCAUGUUGGCCCAGUUUGUCUCCACGCCAUUCACACACAAAUCGUCUUUCAACAAUGUCUACCAGGACCAAGAAACUAACGGUGAGGGUGAAGAUGCUGAUGCUUAUCUCAGACGUCAGACAAAUAAACUCAGUCCCAUCAUAGAACAGAGUCCCUCAGACGACACGGGUUCGGUGCCCGCCGUUGACCAGCUGGCGCCAACUUCAGCCAGACACGGCACCAUCGUGGGCGACGAGCUCGCCGCCGCUCAGCACUGCAUGACGUCCACCAUCACCAUGGCGCAGGCCGCGGUGGAGCUGUCCUUCAGGGACCAGACUCUGGCUCCCACCGACUCCUCUGUUCCCAGGACCACAGGUCCAGACUGGACUGUGUGCACCAGCACCGAACUGAUACUGGACACCUCAGUCAAAUCUGGGGGAGCAGGUUUGGACCAACACGCCAGUCCAAAUCAAGACCACAGUCCCUUCUGUGAUGUCCCCAUGAGUCCAGAGAGUGCCCCCAGAUAUGACUGGCUGAGAAUUCCGAGUCCAGAGGCCACAGAUGAGCCGGACCUGGACGCCUUCUUGAGUCCUGUCUCAGACAAGAAAUGGAACAUUCCUAUGAGCCCAGAACGUGCACCGCCAUGUUCUGAUGUACCCAUGAGCCCCGAGCAGCAGCUUGACUCUGAUGAACCCAUGAAUCCAGACCAACACCUGAGACCAGCACUGACCGAACCCGGGUCAGCGGCAGUCCAGUUGGUGUCGGAUCCGUGGGACAGUGACCUCUUAGCCAGUCUGCUAUCUGCACUGAAUCCGCCUCUCACCUUGCACCCCCACUGCAUCACCUGGCAGUGUGCGCUCCCGUCCAUCGUCCCAAAGAUGACCAUCAACAUGGGCAAGGCAUCCUUACGAGUUGACAGCGUUCUAGGAGAGGGGGCGUUUGCGACUGUCUACCAGGCCACUGACCCCAUGACCUCAGAACGGGUGGUUCUAAAGGUGCAGAAGGCGGCAAGUCCGUGGGAGUUUUACAUCAACACGCAGCUGGACGCUCGGCUGCAGCUGCACGAGCGACACCUGUACAGCAGCAUCCGCUCGGCUCACCUGUUCAACAACGGCAGCGUGCUGCUCACUGACCUGCACAACUACGGCACGUUGCUGAACGCAGUGAACUUGUACAAAAACUUGAGUGACAAAGUGAUGCCGCAGCCUCUGGUCAUGUACUUCACCGCCUGCAUCCUCCACAUGGUGGAGCUGUUGCACAGUGUCAACAUCAUCCAUGCAGAUGUCAAACCCGACAACAUCAUGCUGGGAGAAAGGUUCUUGGAGAACAGGUGUUUGGAUCCGGGGGACCUGGACCAUGGACUCGUCCUCAUUGACCUCGGGCAGAGCAUCGACAUGGAGCUCUUCCCACGAGGCACCGCUUUCACCACCAGGUGUCUGACGUCUGGCUUCCAGUGCACAGAGAUGCUCAGCGGCAAACCGUGGAACUAUCAGACGGAUUACUUUGGCGUGGCAGGAACGGUGCAUUGUAUGUUGUUUGGGACGUACAUGAAAGUGACCAGUGAGGACGGCUGGUGGAAGACGAACGCGACUUUCAGAAGGAAACCACACAGUGACCUGUGGCUGGACUUCUUCCACACCCUGCUGAACUGUGGCUCUCUGCAGAGUCUGCGCCGCCUCCGCAGCUCACUGAGCGCCGCCCUGCUGGACAACUACAGGAACAAGCUGCAGUCGCUGAAGAGCCACCUGGUGGUGCUGCUGCUGGAGAGCCGCAGGGCGAGGAGAUGAUGUCGUUGUCCUUGUUCCACUUCAGAGGAAGCUGAAGCAUUCUUUGUGUGAGAAUAAAAUCACUUGUAGUUUUUAUUUCCUUUGAGCUAAAUUAAACUCUGCUCUUCGGGUCUUUGUUGACUCAUUUUAUUUUAUUCUUUUCGAAGUUUGUUGUUUCUGUUUACAUUUAAUUCAUGUUGUAGGAUUUUGGAGGCUUUGAAGUGGACAUUUGAGAAAGGAGUGUUUGUACAUUUAAACAUGUAAAUAGUCAUAUUUGCAUACUAAAUUUGUACUUAUUGUAUGUAUUAUGUAUUUAUUUUGGUGAAUAUUGUUUCUUUUUCAUAGC